AUGUCAACUUCAUCAAAUACCCCAAGUAUAGAGAAUAAAGAAUCUUCUCCCGAUUAUUCUUCUUUACAUUCAGGUUUACCUGAUCAUUUCAAAGGUUUAAAUACCGUUCAUAAUGCUGAACCUUCAAAAGUAACUGAAUUCGUUAAACAUCAUCAAGGUCAUACUGUCAUUUCUCGUGUUUUAAUUGCUAAUAAUGGUAUUGCUGCCGUUAAAGAAAUUAGAUCAGUUAGAAAAUGGGCUUAUGAAACUUUCCGUGAUGAAAGAGCUAUUCAAUUCACCGUAAUGGCAACUCCUGAAGAUUUAUCUGCCAAUGCUGAAUAUAUUAGAAUGGCUGAUCAAUUCGUUGAAGUUCCAGGUGGUACUAAUAAUAAUAAUUAUGCUAAUGUCGAUUUAAUCGUUGAAAUCGCUGAAAGAACUAAUGUUCAUGCCGUUUGGGCAGGUUGGGGUCAUGCUUCUGAAAAUCCUUUAUUACCGGAAAAAUUAGCUGCUUCUAAAAAUAAAAUCGUCUUUAUUGGUCCUCCUGGUAAUGCUAUGAGAUCUUUAGGUGAUAAAAUUUCUUCCACUAUUGUGGCCCAACAUGCUAAAGUUCCAUGUAUUCCAUGGUCUGGUACUGGUGUUGAUCAAGUCGUCAUAGAUGAUGAAACUAAUUUAGUUUCUGUCGCCGAUGAUAUUUAUCAAAAAGGGUGUUGUGAUUCUCCAGAAGAUGGUUUAAUCAAAGCCAAACAAAUUGGGUUCCCUGUUAUGGUCAAAGCUUCUGAAGGUGGUGGUGGUAAAGGGAUUAGAAAAGUUGAUAGAGAAGAAGAUUUCAAAACUUUAUAUCAACAAGCUGCCAAUGAAAUCCCGGGUUCUCCAAUCUUCAUUAUGAAAUUAGCUGGUGAUGCUAGACAUUUAGAAGUUCAAUUAUUAGCCGAUCAAUAUGGUACUAAUAUUUCUUUAUUCGGUAGAGAUUGUUCUGUUCAAAGAAGACAUCAAAAAAUUAUUGAAGAAGCUCCAGUUACCAUUGCUAAUAAAGAAACUUUCCAUGCUAUGGAAAAUGCCGCUGUUAGAUUAGGUAAAUUAGUGGGGUAUGUUUCAGCUGGUACCGUUGAAUAUCUUUAUUCUCAUGCUGAUGAUAAAUUUUAUUUCUUAGAAUUAAAUCCAAGAUUACAAGUUGAACAUCCAACUACUGAAAUGGUUACUGGUGUAAAUUUACCGGCUGCUCAAUUACAAAUUGCUAUGGGUAUUCCAAUGCAUAGAAUUGCUGAUAUUAGAACUCUUUAUGGUGUUGAUCCUCAUACUUCUACUGAUAUUGAUUUUGAAUUCAAAACUGAAAAUUCAUUAGCCACUCAAAGAAGACCAGUUCCAAAAGGUCAUACUACUGCUUGUCGUAUUACUUCUGAAGAUCCAGGUGAAGGUUUCAAACCUUCUGGUGGUACUUUACAUGAAUUAAAUUUCAGAUCAAGUUCCAAUGUUUGGGGUUAUUUCUCCGUUGGUAAUCAAUCUUCUAUUCAUUCCUUUUCUGAUUCUCAAUUCGGUCAUAUUUUCGCCUUUGGAGAAAAUAGACAAGCCUCAAGAAAACAUAUGGUUGUUGCUUUAAAAGAAUUAAGUAUUAGAGGUGAUUUUAGAACUACGGUUGAAUAUUUAAUUAAAUUAUUAGAAACUCCAGAUUUCGAAGAUAAUACCAUUACAACUGGUUGGUUAGAUGAAUUAAUUACCAAAAAAUUAACUGCCGAAAGACCAGAUCCAAUCUUAGCUGUUGUUUGUGGUGCUGCUACUAAAGCUCAUAUUCAAGCUGAAGAAGAUAAAAAAUCUUAUUUUGAAUCAUUAGAAAAAGGUCAAGUUCCAAAUAAAAAUUUAUUAAAAACUAUUUAUCCAGUUGAAUUCAUUUAUGAAGGUCAAAGAUAUAAAUUCACUGCUACUAAAUCUUCAGCUGAUAGUUAUACUUUAUUCUUAAAUGGUACUAGAGGUGUGGUUAAAGUUAGAGCUUUAGCUGAUGGUGGUAUCUUAUGUAUUAUCGGUGGUAAAUCUCAUUCUAUCUAUUGGAAAGAAGAAGCUUCUGCUACUAGAUUAUCUGUUGGUGGUAAGACUUGUUUAUUAGAAGUUGAAAAUGAUCCAACUCAGUUAAGAACUCCUUCUCCAGGUAAAUUAGUUAAAUUCUUAGUUGAAAGUGGUGAUCAUGUUGCUGCUGGUCAACCAUAUGCUGAAGUUGAAGUUAUGAAAAUGUGUAUGCCAUUAAUCACUCAAGAAGAUGGUACUAUUCAAUUAAUUAAACAACCAGGUUCAACUGUUAAUGCUGGUGAUAUCUUAGCUAUCUUAGCUUUAGAUGAUCCAUCAAAAGUUAAACAUGCUAAACCUUUCGAAGGUACUUUACCUGAUUUAGGUGAACCAGAAGUUCAAGGUGCUACCCCAGCUUUUAAAUUCUUACAAUACACUACUAUUUUAAGAAAUAUCUUACAAGGUUAUGAUAAUCAAGUUAUUAUGAAUUCUACUGUUAAGAAUCUUAUUGAAGUGUUAAAGGACCAAGAAUUACCAUAUUCUGAAUGGUUAAAUCAAGUAUCUGCUUUACAUUCAAGAUUACCAAUCAAACUAGAUGAAACUUUAACUCAAUUAGUCGAUAGAACUCAUUCUAGACAUGCUGAAUUCCCAGCUCGUCAAAUCCUUAAACAUUUACAAAAAACCAUCAAUGAUCCAGCUACUGAUGGAUUAUUUGAAGCUACCAUUGCUCCAUUAUUAGAUAUUGUUAAAAGAUAUUCCAAUGGUCUUGUUGAACAUGAAUAUAAUUUCUUUGCUUCAUUAAUCGAUGAAUAUUAUAUUGUUGAAAAAUUAUUCUCCGGUGAUAAUACUAGAGAAGAUGAUGUUAUUUUAAAAUUAAGAGACGAAAAUAAAACUGAUUUAAACGUUGUUAUUACUACCAGUUUAUCUCAUUCAAGAGUUUCUGCUAAGAAUAAUUUAGUAUUAGCUAUUUUAGAUGAAUAUCAACCAUUAUUACAAUCUUCUUCAAGUGUGGCCUCCGAAAUUAAAGAAUCAUUGAAGAAAAUCGUUCAAUUAGAUACAAGAGGUACAGCUAAAGUUGCUCUUAAAGCUAGAGAAAUUUUAAUUCAAUGUUCUUUACCUUCAAUUCAAGAAAGAUCUGAUCAAUUAGAACAUAUUUUAAGAUCAGCUGUUUUAGAAACCUCUUAUGGUGAAAUCUAUGCUAAACAUAGAGAACCAAAAUUAAGUGUUAUUCAAGAAGUGGUUGAUUCUAAACAUACUGUAUUUGAUGUUUUAUCUCAAUUCUUAGUUAACCCAGAUGAAUGGGUUGCCAUUGCUGCUUCCGAAGUUUAUGUUAGAAGAUCUUACAGAGCUUAUUCAUUAGGUCCAAUUCAAUACCAUUUCCAUGAUAGAUUACCAAUCAUUGAAUGGAAAUUCCAAUUACCAAGUUUAGCAUCAUCUCAAUAUAAUGCCAUUCAACAUUUGAAAGAUCCGUCCAAUAAUAAUGUUAUGAAUAGAGCUGCUUCUGUAUCUGAUUUAUCAUAUGUCGUUGAUGCCAAAGCUGAUUUAAAACCAAGAACUGGUAUUUUAGCUCCUUGUAGACAUUUAGAUGAUCUUGAUGAUAUGAUUACUGCAGCUUUAGAAAAAAUCCAACCUUCUGGUGCCAUUAGUUUUAAGACUAAAGGUGAUCAACCUGAUUUCGUCAAUGUUCUUAAUAUCGUCGUUACUAGUAUUGAUGGUUAUGAAGCUGAAGAAGAAACUUUAAACAAAAUUCAUGAAGUUCUUGAUGAAUUCAAAGAUGAUUUAACUUCAGCUGGUAUUCGUCGUGUUACCUUUGUUGUUGCUCAUAAAAUUGGUACUUAUCCUAAAUAUUAUACUUUCACUGCUCCAGAAUAUAGUGAAAAUAAAGUUAUUAGACAUAUUGAACCAGCUUUAGCUUUCCAAUUAGAAUUAGCCAGAUUAGAUAACUUUGAUAUCAAACCUAUCUUUACUGAUAACAGAAAUAUUCAUGUUUAUGAAGCUGUUGGUAAGAAUGCUCCAUCUGAUAAGAGAUACUUCACUAGAGGUAUUAUUAGAACUGGUGUUAUUAGAGAUGAAAUCAGUAUUAGUGAAUAUUUAAUCGCUGAAUCUAAUAGAUUAAUGAAUGAUAUUUUAGAUGCUUUAGAAAUUAUUGAUACUUCUAAUAGUGAUUUAAAUCAUAUUUUCAUUAACUUCUCCAAUGUUUUCAACGUUCAACCAGAUGAAGUUGAAGCUGCUUUUGGUUCAUUCUUAGAAAGAUUCGGUAGAAGAUUAUGGAGAUUAAGAGUUACUGGUGCUGAAAUCCGUAUUGUUUGUACUGAUCCAAAGACUGGUACUUCAUUCCCAUUAAGAGCCAUUAUUAAUAAUGUUUCCGGUUAUGUUGUUAAAUCUGAAUUAUAUAUGGAAGUUAAAAACACUAAAGGUGAAUGGGUUUUCAAAUCAAUUGGUCAACCAGGUUCUAUGCAUUUAAGACCUAUUUCAACUCCUUAUCCUGCUAAAGAAUCCUUACAACCAAAGAGAUAUAAAGCUCAUAACUUAGGUACUACUUAUGUUUAUGAUUUCCCUGAAUUAUUCCGUCAAGCCACUCUUUCACAAUGGAAAAAACAUUCUAAACUGAAGAUUCCAAAAGAUAUCUUCACUUCAUUAGAAUUAAUCAAUGAUGAAAAUGGUGAUUUAACCGCUGUUGAAAGAGAACCUGGUUCGAAUAAGAUUGGUAUGGUUGGUUUCCAAGUUACUGCCAAGACUCCAGAAUAUCCUCGUGGUCGUCAAUUCAUUAUUGUUGCCAAUGAUAUCACUCAUAAGAUUGGUUCUUUCGGUCCCGAUGAAGAUAAAUAUUUCAAUAGUUGUACUGAAUUUGCUAGAAAAUUAGGUAUUCCAAGAAUCUAUCUUUCUGCUAAUUCAGGUGCUAGACUUGACAUUGCUGCUGAAUUAGUUCCAUUAUUCAAAGUUGCCUGGAAUGUUGAAGGCAAUCCAGAUAAAGGUUUCAAAUACUUAUACUUAUCUCCUGAAGACAAUAAAGCCAUCGUUGACUCUGGUAAAGGUAACACCAUUGUUACCGAAAGAGUUGUUGAAGAAGGUAAGGAAAGAUAUGUCAUUAAAGCCAUUGUUGGUGAACAAGAUGGUUUAGGUGUUGAAUGUCUUAAAGGAUCUGGUUUAAUUGCUGGUGCCACUUCGAGAGCCUAUAAGGAUAUUUUCACUAUCACUUUGGUUACUUGUAGAUCUGUUGGUAUUGGUGCUUAUUUAGUCAGAUUAGGUCAAAGAGCUAUUCAAAUUGAAGGUCAACCAAUUAUUUUAACUGGUGCUCCAGCUAUCAAUAAAUUAUUAGGUAGUGAAGUUUAUUCAUCUAAUUUACAAUUAGGUGGUACUCAAAUCAUGUACAGAAAUGGUGUUUCUCAUUUAACUGCUCAAGAUGAUUUAGCCGGUGUUGAAAAGAUCCUUGAAUGGUUAUCUUAUGUUCCAGCUAAACGUGACAUGCCAGUUCCAAUCUUAGAAUCUGAAGAUCCAUGGAAUAGAGAAAUUGAAUAUUAUCCACCAAAGAGUGAACCUUAUGAUGUCCGUUGGUUAAUCGAAGGUAAACAAGUUCCAGGUGGUGAUUUCGAAUCCGGUUUAUUCGAUAAAGAUUCCUUCCAAGAAACUUUAUCAGGAUGGGCCAAGGGUGUUGUUGUUGGUAGAGCUCGUCUUGGUGGUAUCCCAAUGGGUGUUAUUGGUGUUGAAACCAGAACUGUGGAAAACUUAAUCCCAGCUGAUCCAGCCAACCCUGAUUCUACUGAAAUGUUAAUUCAAGAAGCUGGUCAAGUUUGGUAUCCAAAUUCUGCUUUUAAGACUGCUCAAGCUAUUAAUGAUUUCAAUAAUGGUGAACAAUUACCAUUAAUGAUCUUAGCUAACUGGAGAGGUUUUUCUGGUGGUCAAAGAGAUAUGUAUAAUGAAGUUUUGAAAUAUGGUGCCUUUAUUGUUGAUGCAUUAGUUGAUUUUAAACAACCAAUCUUCACUUAUAUUCCACCUAAUGGUGAAUUAAGAGGUGGUUCAUGGGUUGUCGUUGAUCCAUCCAUUAAUGAAGAAAUGAUGGAAAUGUACGCUGAUGUUGAAGCCAGAGGUGGUGUCUUAGAACCAGAAGGUAUGGUUAGUAUCAAAUAUAAACGUGAUAAAUUAUUAAGUACUAUGGAAAGAUUAGAUCCAACCUAUGCUGAAUUAAAGAAGAAAUUGAAUGAUACUUCAUUAUCUCAAGAAGAACAUUCUCAAGUUUCUGCUAAGAUUUCUGCUCGUGAAAGAGCCUUAUUACCAAUUUAUCAACAAGUUUCUGUUCAAUUUGCUGAUUUACAUGAUAGAUCAGGCCGUAUGCUUGCUAAAGGUGUUAUCAAAAAGGAAAUCAAAUGGACUGAAGCUAGACGUUUCUUCUUCUGGCGUUUACGUAGAAGAUUAAAUGAAGAAUAUGUCUUAAAAUUAAUUGGUGAACAAAUCAAGAAUGCUACUAAAUUAGAAAAAGUCGCUAGAUUAAAGAGUUGGAUGCCAACUGUUGAAUAUGACAAUGAUGAAGCUGUUAGUACUUGGAUUGAAGAACAUCAUACCAAAUUACAAAAGAAUAUUGAUGAAUUGAAACACGAAGCUACUCGUCAAAACAUCGUUAGACUUUUGAACGAAGAUCCAGAAAGCGGUUUCUCUGUCAUGAAGGAAUUAAUUGGUUCCUUACCAGAAGAAGAAAAAGCAGCUUUCUUAAAAUCACUUUAA